AGAAUUAUGAGUGGUGCUGUGAAAUCUGGUGUGAAGAGGCCUGCUGAGACUAUUGUUAUUGAGGGUAGCAGCAGUGAUGAGUCACUUCAAGGUGUUCAUUUGAGUGACAGCGAGGAGGAGAGAGAUCUUGCCAUGGAUGAUGGAUUUAAUAUGCCUGAGAAUGAUGACAUUCUGCACAACAUCUAUGAAAACACUUUUGGGACUCAAACUUCUCAUGGUGUGGGUGUAGAACCUGAGAGGGAGGAGGGGAAUAAUGAGGAUCAUGACAUGGAAUAUGAGUACUUUUUUGAAGAGCUUGACAGUGCCUCUGAUGCUGAUGAUGAGAUUGAGGAUGGACCUAGGGAAAGGAACCUUGUAUUUAGAGAAGGAGAGCUGUCUAAGGAAUUUAAAUUCAAAGCUGGCAUGGAGUUUCUGUCUCUUGAUCAGUUCAAACAAGCAGUCAAGGUACACUCUGUGUAUAUUGGGAGAGAGGUUUACUUUCCAAAAAAUGAUUCUAUUAGGGCGAGAGCUGUGUGCAGAAAGAAGUGUGGAUAUUUCAUCCUUUGUAGCAAGGUGGGGGGGAAGGAGACUUACAUGAUCAAGACCAUUUGUUCUAAGCAUAAAUGUGGAAGGUUGUUUAACAAUAAGAAUGCAACUGCAAGGUGGGUUGGCAAGGUUGUUGCUAAGAAGCUUCAAAACCACCAAAAAAUCAAGAUUAAUGAGAUUGUUGCUGAUAUCCAACAAGACUAUUGCACUGGGAUCACAACAUAUAGGGCUUGGAAGGCUAGACAAAUUGCAAAGAACAUAGUUGAUGGGGAGGCAGCAAAGCAAUACACCCUGCUAUGGGCAUACAGUGCAGAAUUAAGGAAAGCCAAUGCUGGCAACACUUGUAAGAUAAACAUGUACAGACCUUCACUGGCUGUGCAACCUAGAUUUGAAAGGUUCUACAUGUGUCUGGAUGGCUGUAAGAGGGGAUUCAGAGCCUCCAGACCAUUUAUUGGUGUUGACGGUUGUCAUUUGAAGACACAGUAUGGUGGGAUAUUGUUAAUUGCUGUAGGGAGGGACCCCAAUGACCAGUAUUUUCCCUUAGCUUUUGGUGUAGUAGAGAUGGAAACCAAAGACAGUUGGAAGUGGUUCUUGGACCUUUUGUUGAGGGAUAUUGGGGAGUCUAGGUGGGUGUUCAUAUCUGACCAACAAAAGGGACUCAUACCAUGCUUCGAGGAAAUGUUGAAUGGUGUGGAACACAGAUUUUGUGUGAGACACUUGUAUGCAAACUUGAAGAAGAAGUUUGGUGGAGGGACUGUCAUCCGGGACCUUAUGAUGGGAGCUGCAAAAGCAACACAUCAUCGGGAAUGGCAUACAAAGAUGCAACAACUAAAGGAAAUUAAUGAGCUUGCAUUCAAUCGGUUAGCUGCAAUCCCAACCAGAUCCUGGUGUAAACAUGCAAUGAGCUUCUACCCCAGAUGUGAUGUCAUCAUCAACAACCUGUCUGAAUCCUUCAACAGCACAAUUUUGGUGGCUAGAGAUAAGCCUAUAUUGACAAUGUUUGAGUGGAUAAGGACUUACUUGAUGAACAGAUUUGCUGUCUUGAAUGAGAAGAUGUCAAAAUGGAAUGGAAAUGUUUGUCCUAAGCCUAGAAAGAGGCUGGAUGGAGAGAUGCUAUAUGCUGGAAACUAGAUCCCUAAGUGGAAUGCUGAGGGUGUGUUUGAAGUUCAACACUACAUAAACACAGGUGAUAGGUUUGUUGUGGACUUGAACAAGUUUGAAUGUAGUUGUAGGUUCUGGCAGCUAGUUGGGAUACCCUGUAGACAUGCAUUGGCUGGAAUCAAUACUAGAGGAGAGAAUGCAGAGACAUAUGUCCAUAUGUACUACAAGCGAGAGGCUUAUGCACAGUGUUAUGGUAACACAAUUACACCAAUUAAUGGUGUGAACCAGUGGGAACCUUGUGCUGAGACAGUUGAAAUGCUGCCACCAACUUACAAGAAAGGGCCAGGGAGACCAAAAAAGCUGAGGAGGAGGGAUCCAAUAGUGGAGGGGAACACAACAAGAGUCAGCAGAGAAAGAACAAAAAUGAAGUGCUCAAGGUGUCAGCAAUAUGGCCACAAUACCAGAACAUGCAAGAACCCACCAGCUCCAAACAACCCAUUACCGAAAAAAACCAAAGGGAAGGGAAAGAAGUCAUCAGCAGCAGCAGGAGAUGGAGUAAAUGAAGCUGGAUCUUCUUCUCGAGCACCACAAGCUGCACAUGGACCACAAGCUGCACCUGCACCACAAGCUGGAAAUCAGAGAAGAAGAGGACCAGGGAUAACUAUUGGCACAUCGUCUGGAUCUGCAGCACCACAAUCUGUACCUGCACCAUCUCAAGCUGGAUCUGGAAUAACUCAACCUGAAUCAUUGCCAGCUCAAGCUGGACAGGGUGGGACAAGCUCUCAGGUUAAUGAUAAGCUAAGGCAUUUGCAUAAUUUUGACAUGCAGUUCAAUGGAAUGAAAAUUGUUGUAAUUGAUUUGUAUUUUAUGUUUCAAGCUCCAAGGAACACUACCAAGGCUCCCAGGAAGAAUAAGGGAAAGAGUGUUGCAUCUCAAGAAGCUACUGGACCAGUGGUGGGGACUAGAGAUGUUGUGGCUGCAACACAAGAGAGUGUGGUGAAAAAGACUUGAAGACUAGUUAAUGUUAUGUUCACUUUUUUGGUACCAGACAAGGGUUUCUGUUUGAUGUAUGUAAGGGCAAUUUAAAUUAAAAGUAUGUGGGGACAUGGUGCACUAGUUGCACAUGGGAAUAUUUUGGUACAAGUGAAACAAUGACACUUUAACUUUAGGGUCUUAACUUUAUGUUGUUGAUGUUGAUCAAUUUGACAUUAUGUAACUAUUUUAUAAUCAAAUGCACAUGGUUUGUGAUGUUUCA